AAACUCAGCUAUAUUGCGCGCCGCCUGUAACAGCUGUGCCCUCUCUUCGCUCCGGAGUUUCGUUGUGUGUUGCUGAACUUCUGUGUUACUCGGGCCGCGGAGAUAUGGCUGGAUAUCUGAAAGUCAUCAGCUCUUUGUCGAGAUCUGCUGCUGCGUUUUCCCGCACUCCCGGGGUUCUGGCGCCGGCUGCUGCUCAGUGCCAGGCUGUACAACAAAGACACUAUGCCGACAAACGCAUCAAAGUGGCCCAGCCAGUGGUGGAGAUGGAUGGAGACGAGAUGACGAGGAUCAUCUGGGAGUUCAUCAAAGAGAAGCUCAUCCUUUCCAACGUGGACGUGGAGCUCAAGUACUAUGACCUGGGUCUGCCGUACCGUGACCAGACCGAUGACCAGGUCACCAUCGACUCCGCCCUGGCCACCAAGAAGUACAGCGUGGCGGUCAAAUGCGCCACCAUCACACCGGACGAAGCCCGAGUGGAAGAGUUUGGCCUGAAGAAGAUGUGGAAGAGCCCCAACGGAACCAUCAGAAACAUCCUGGGCGGCACCGUCUUCCGUGAGCCAAUCAUCUGCAAGAACAUUCCCAGGCUGGUACCGGGCUGGACGCAGCCCAUCACCAUCGGCAGACACGCCUUUGGAGACCAGUACAGAGCGACAGACUUUGUCGUCACCCAGCCCGGAAAAUUCAAGAUCAUCUUCUCACCGGCUGAUGGAUCCGCGGGCAAGGAAUGGGAGGUGUACGACUUCCCGGCCGGCGGCUGCGGAAUGGGCAUGUACAACACGGACGAGUCUAUUUCAGGCUUCGCCCACAGCUGCUUCCAGUACGCCAUCGGCAAGAAGUGGCCGCUGUACAUGAGCACAAAGAACACCAUCCUCAAGGCCUACGACGGCAGAUUCAAGGACAUUUUCCAGGACAUCUUUGAGAAGAACUACAAGCCUCAGUUUGACAAACUGAAGAUCUGGUACGAGCACAGGCUGAUCGACGACAUGGUGGCCCAGGUGCUCAAGUCUUCUGGAGCCUUCGUGUGGGCCUGUAAGAACUACGAUGGAGACGUCCAGUCCGACAUCCUGGCCCAGGGAUUUGGUUCUCUGGGUCUGAUGACAUCGGUCCUGGUGUGUCCGGACGGAAAGACCAUCGAGGCCGAGGCCGCCCACGGCACCGUGACCAGACAUUACCGUGAACACCAGAAGGGGAGGCCCACCAGCACCAACCCCAUCGCCAGCAUCUUCGCCUGGACCAAAGGCCUGGAGCACCGCGGCAAACUUGAUGGCAACCCUGACCUCAUCAAGUUUUCCCAGACUUUGGAGAGAGUGUGUGUGGAGACGGUGGAGAGCGGUACCAUGACCAAGGACUUGGCCGGCUGCAUCCAUGGACUGUCCAAUGUCAAGCUGAACGAGCACUACGUCAAUACGACGGACUUCCUGGACGCCAUCAAGAAUAACCUGGAAAAAGCCCUGGGCAAGUGAAGGAACCGGAGGAGAUGGUAGUUAGCUCCCUCCCAGGAGGCAGCGUCUGUUUUUGUACCUCAUUUUUAACUUAAAUUUAAAAAGGUCAAUAAAAUCAACUCACAUUUCAUCUGAAGGAAGAAAAGAUAAACAAAGCUACUAUUUAUAGGAUGACAUUAGUGUUCUGUUAGGCUAGACAAGUCCAGGUAUCGUUCCGCGCCCCACGCCCCGCGCCCCACGCCUCCUUCCACAACUCCUCACCCACUCCUAUUUGCAAGGUUUUAUUUUUGUAAUGUGAAGUACUGUAUUCAGUUACUGUGUAAUGUCUGGGCAGGACUGAAGCCUGUGUCAAACACACUCGCUAAUAAAUCCCUUGUUUGACCCGUCA